CUCAACACUCCCUCAAGAUGCCAUUUGUCAAGAAGGUCAAGUCGGACGCGUACUACUCCCGCUUCCAGGUCAAGUACCGUCGCCGGAGAGAGGGCAAGACUGAUUACUACGCCCGCAAGCGACUUGUCACUCAGGCGAAGAACAAAUACAAUGCGCCGAAGUACCGCCUCGUCGUCCGCUUCACAAACAAGCAGAUAAUUGUCCAGAUCGCAUACGCGCGCCUGCAGGGUGACUUUGUGUUGUGCGCUGCUCGGUCGACUGAGCUCCCGAGAUACGGUAUCAACCAUGGCCUCACUAACUGGACUGCUGCGUACGCAACCGGUCUCCUCUGCGCUCGUCGUGCGUUGACGAAGCUUGGCCUGGCGGACAAGUAUGAGGGUGUGGCAGAGCCUGAUGGCACGCUCUCCAUGACUGAGGCUCUUGACGAGGAGGACGCACCUCGGCCAUUCAAGUGCUACCUUGACGUCGGUCUCAGGCGCACGUCGACGGGUUCGCGUGUGUUUGGUGCGCUCAAGGGUGCAAGCGACGGUGGGAUCUACAUCCCCCACAAUGACAAGCGCUUCCCUGGCUACGACGUUGAGAGCAAGGAGUUGGACGCCGAGGUACUCAAGAAGUACAUCUUCGGAGGUCACGUCGCUGAGUACAUGGAGUCUCUCGAGGAGGAAGACGACGAGCGCUUCAAGAAGCAAUUCGCGACCUACCUUGCGGACGGCGUUGGCUCUGAGGACAUGGAGGAGAUCUACACGAAUGCGUACGCUGCCAUCCGGGAAGACCCCACCUUCAAGCCCACCGAGAAGACCAAGGACUGGAAGGAGGAGAGCAAAAAGCACCGCACUGUCAGGCUCACGUUGGAGCAGCGCAGGGAGAGAAUCCAGGCCAAGAUCGAGGCCUUCCAGGCAGGCGCGGGUGCCGAGGAGGACGAGGACGAGGAGUAGGCUGUGGUACUUUCUAUCAUGCUUUGUCGGUGCUCUAUUGCAUAUGUAGCUCUCUAGGAGCGUCAUUUAUGAUCCACAAAACGCAGGCCAUGCUAUGCCAUCCAUACCCAGGUUGCUCAGCAUGACUGGGUUGGGUUUUACCACA